ACACCCACUGCGUCUUUAGUGCCAAACAUUUUAGAUGCAGAAGUAUCUAACGUCAAACAGCCGAGAGUGAGGAUGCGGGAAGAGAGGUCACGCUGCGCUAAGUGUCGCUAUUAUUGUCGUGCAGGCACCACCUUUCUUUUUUCCCAUAUAGGCCUGUGCGGGCUUGUUGUGGGCUAUACCAUCGUGGGGGCAUUUACCUUUGAAGCUCUGGAAGCCUAUAACGAACGUGCCAAACGUGAAGAAAUGCAGAACGAACGGACAGCGAUUGUCGAAGCCUUAUGGGACAUUACUGCCAAAAGCAGCGUGUUGCACCAGGCGAACUGGACACAACUGGCAGCAGCAACCCUUAGAAACUUUGAAGUAACCAUUGUCCAAGCGGUCAGAAAAGAGGGUUACGACGGUAAAGAUGACUCUUCUCUUCAAUGGUCAUUUUCUGGUGCCUUGUUGUAUUCAAUCAUUGUAAUCACUACUAUUGAUUCAAGUAACAGAUACUAUUGUAACACAGGAGCUAUAAAACAUAUAUCUCCACUGCAGGAUCCACCGAGAUACUUUUUUAAAGCAAAACAACUGAAACACAUUUUUACCUGA